AUGGAUAAGAAAAACGACAAACAUGGUGAAAAUAAAGAGGAAAAUUUCCUUGUGAAAACAGCUUAUACUAUUCGAGCAAAAUUACGUUUAACACGAAAGAAAAGAGAGAGAGAUGAUAAAUCCAAGUCAACAUCAAUUGACAAAACUGACUCCGCUACAUCAUCCGCUGACGAAGUUGAUCCAUCGAAAUCAACACUAAGUACAUUUUCUCCUUCAGGUAAUCAAAACAAUAAUACAUGUGAUAUAGACAAGGAUAAGAAUCCAGCGGCAAAAGAUUCAGUCGCAAAGGCGGUGAACAAGAAGCCACCAACUGCGGACAAAGCGACGUCAGAAUUGAAGAAUCACGAUACAGUCCAUCUUUCAUUUUAUGGAAUCCAAACUGUUGGUGAUUUACUCGAUCGAAUCGAUGAAGACAAUACACCAAGACCUCGGCCGCCUCCUUCUUCUGCCGAUCUGGAUAAAAAACAACCGAACAAAUCCGAAGGCAGCAGCACAGAAAAACGUCCGGCGGAAGCAAGCGAUCAAGAAGGCAAAGAAAACGACGAACCAAUACGUAUCGAUUACAAUGAAAUACACACUAUCGAAGAUUUACUUGCUCGAGUCUACAAGCAGCCAGGCAGUCGAAAAGUUAUUCUAGAAAAUGCGCCUGACGACGAUGAAUCAGUUCUUAUUGAAAAGAAAACCAGUUCAACUGAACCUGCCAAUCCACCAACAACAUCAAACGACAAUGAUGAGUCUUCCGGUCCGCCAAAAAGUAUUUUGAAAACAAGUCAAGAUCCGUCAUCAUUAGACACGUCGACGAAAGUGUCCUCAUUUCAAGAUGAUCAAAUUCAUGUGAAUAUUGAAGGUGUACAAAGUGUCAACGAGCUUUUAGAUCGCGUCGACGAAGCUGUUCAAAGUGUCCCAGUCGUACUCAAAAAAACAAGUACGCAAGGAAAACCAGAAUCAUCAUUACCUGACGAAAAACAACAAAAUGAAACAACGGCCAUCGAACCAAACCCGCCUUUGUCUACAAAUGAUGAGAACGAAAGUUCAAGUGAGAAAACAAAUACUUUCUAA